AUGCUCCUUUUUAUCUGCCAUAAAUCACCGACGAAAACCAAACGACAAAGUAUGUAUCUCGACAGACCCCUCGGAAAGAAUGAAAUUGGCAAGUUCCUCAAAGACGCGUUUGCUGCAGCCAAACUCGAUGACACAAACAAGAAGAAGGUUUCUAGUCACUCCGUUAGAAAGACCAGUGUUGGACGACUUCUCGAAGCAGACGUUCAGCCAAACUUCGUUGCACAGCUAAGCGGUCACAAAAAUUUGAAAAGCCUCGACAGCUACCAUUCAGCAUCUCUGAAGCGACAGCGAGAAAUGUCUGCUAUCCUGAAUCGUGAGCCAGCUUCAUCCGCUCAACCACAA